AUGUUCGACACCGAAUCAUCUCUAUCACCUCCGUCAUCCACCCUCAAACCGACAACACUACGCACCUUCCUCACAAUCUUCACGCCAUCUUUCGUAGGCUUCAUGGCAAGUUUUACCAACGGCAUCAUCACCGUCGGUCUCCCAAUCAUAGCGCGCUCCAUCUCCCUCGAGAGAUCUCUAUACCUGUGGCCCUCUUCUGUCUACGGACUGACGUCUGGUGCUGCCUUGCUCACCGCAGGCUCUAUUGCCGACAUUGUUGGUGCGAGACCCGUUGAACUUACUGGUAUCACACUUCUUGGUAUUCUCACAUUGUUAUGCGGAUUCGCGCAGUCAGGUGCUCAACUCGUUGUUUUCCGUGCUCUUCAGGGUAUUGCACUCGCGAUGCACCUUCCAGCUUCUGUGGCCAUCAUAACGGGGGCUGUGCCAUCUGGAAGAGCGAGGAAUCUUGGGUUUGCGUGCCUGGGGUUCAGUCAACCACUUGGCUUUGCUGUUGGUCUUGUACUCAGUGGUGUUAUGAUUGAAAGAGCGGGAUGGAGGUCAGGCUUUUACUUGGCUGGAGGAUGCACUAUAGCUAUUGCUGUUGCUGCUCUGUGGACACUGCCAAAACUACCGUCUCAGAACAACGAGGAUGUAGUCGCUCUAUCGAAGAAGGUGGGCAAGGAGAUAGACUGGGUAGGCGCCAUUAUUUCUAGCGGUGGUUUGGCAAUUCUUGCCUACGUUCUAGCCAUCAUCAGCGCAGACCUCACAAGCAUUCGUUCAGCCUCGACAGCCUCCCUCCUCGCCAUCAGCAUCCUCCUCAUCGUCGCCUUCCCACUAUGGAUGCACUACCGCGACCACACCGGCAGGCCAGCUCUCGUCCCCAACAAACUCUGGAAAAAUCUCCCUUUCACUAGCACCUGCAUCAUGGUCGCCCUAUCCUACGGCGUCAUGAACUCCAUCGAGCUGUUCUCCAGCCUCUACUUCCAAGAAAUCCAACACGCCUCGACACUAACAACCUCACUCUACCUCCUCCCCAACCUUACCACGGGCGUCCUCAUCAACAUCCUCGUAGGCCUCUUCAUCCACCGCGUCCCCGCCCGCUGGCUCGUCGCCGGCUCAGCCCUCAUCUGCGCCUUAUCACCUCUCCUCAUGGCCCUCGUCCCACCAUCCUGGAGCUACUGGAAACUUGCCUUUUGGGCCCAGAUCUUCGCGCCGUUUAGCGCAGACGUGCUAUUCACCGUCGGCCUCAUCAUUGUCAGUGAUAAUUUUCCGGAAAAGACGCAGGCGCUGGCGGGCGCGGUUUUCAACACUGUGGCGCAGUUUGGUAUGAGUUUGGGCAUGGGGAGUUGUCAGGUUGUGGCGCUGGGAGUGCAGGGUCCUGCUGGUGGUAGUAGUGGGAGUGGGGAUGGACAUGGAAAUGGGCAUGGUGGGGGCAGUGCGUUUGAGGAUCAGGAUGAGGGAGCGGUGCUGAAGGGGUAUAGAGCGAGCUAUUGGCUCAUGUUUGGGUACAUGGUGGUGUGCAUGGGGAUUGCGGUUGUGGGGUUGAGGAAGGCGGGUAAGGUUGGGCUGAAGAAGGAGUGA